AUGGCGAAUCGAUCUAGGGUUAUCACUAUGUCUUCUCUUGAUCUCAACCAGGAAGAUGAUCUCGUGAUCGAUCUCGAUCUCUGGGAAGUCGUUAACCCUUCCGACGGCGAGUACUCCGACGAUUCUUUCUCCGUCGAUAGUCUUUCCGAUGAUGACGUCAUUUCUCUUGACGACGCUUCCUUGAUCUCUCCGUCUGUCAUUUCUCCUCCGCCGUCGCCUUUGCCGCCUCAGAUGCUCGUUGUGGCUGACGACGGUGGUGAUUUGAGUCUCGCCGCGGAUCUGGAUCUCGACGGUCAUGUCGAUGGCGACGAUGAGGUGUUUCGCGAUGAAAUUGAUGAUGAUGAACUUGGAUCGGCUCAACGAAGGAUGCUGGUGCUUCGUAGAGGUACUACUCGUUAUUCUUUUGGUAUUACGUACGGAGAUUUCGCCAAUCGCGGCGGUGGUUGUUGUUACGAUGACGGCGAGGAAGAUCGCGGUGAGGAUGAUGGUGAAUACGACGAUUCGUAUGAUCUAGACGAGGAGCUUGUACCGAGAAGCGUAACGAAGGAGCUGGGGAAACAGAGGAUGAGGAAGUUAGGGAAGAAAUCAAUCGCCAAGGUUCCGUAUUCACUCUUGAAACCUGGUUGCGUUCGUCCUGGUGGUAAGCAUGGUCUCGGCAUGAAACUCAGGUUCUGA